CAAUCACUACUACCAACCAGACAGUUGCUCUUCCCGCCAUCGCCAUUGGUUCUGAUCUUCACAUUCCAGUUCGCCGACCUUAUCCAAUCAACUUUGUGUACUGAACGCGUGCUGGCAAGGACCACCGCGACAUCAGAAUGGAGUACCCCCCGCAAUACCAACAGCCUCAUGGCCAGCACCCCCACGGCCCCUCUCACAUUGCCGCCCCAUACCAGGCCGGACCGCAGAAUCCAGGCUCAGCCGUCGGAUCGAUGGCUUCUCCCACAAAUCCGCAAGCUCAUAUGCAACCCGCCCACCCGACGCAUCAGACAUCCCCCAUUGUUCCGUCGCAGUCGCAUUAUCAGCCCCCGCAAAAUGCGCCCGGCGCGGUACAUCCGCAGAUGAACUUCCCUCAGUCGUACGGCGUCGCCGCCGCCAUCCCCCAACAGUAUGGCAUCUCGCCGACGCAAGCCGCUGCCAUGGCGACCGCUGCCGCCUCGGGCCAGUUUUACCCGCUCCACCAAGACUCCAUGACUGGGCAGGUUCCACAAGGACCGAGGGGAUCUCCCCGCAUGGGAGGUGUUCCGGUCAAGGACCGCAACCCUCGGUCCCCUCCAAUGCCUGGUCAGAUGCCCCCGAUGGGUUCUCAGGUACCGAUGGGCCAGGGCGCCCAAUUGCAGCAGCGUCGCAUGAGCCACGUUGGCAGCCCACACGUGCCGAAUUCCCAGCCGGUGAUGGCCCACGUGACUCGGCCUUCCGGGCCGCCCGCCAUGGGGCCCCCGCCCCCGGCCCCGGUCCAGCAAAGUCAGCCUUCUCCGGAGUUGGUCGCGGGCGCCGCAGAGGAAUCGCCGCUUUACGUCAACGCUAAGCAAUUCCACCGCAUCUUAAAGAGACGUGUUGCGCGACAGAAACUGGAAGAGCAGUUGAGACUGACGUCCAAGGGCCGUAAGCCAUACCUGCACGAGUCGCGUCACAAUCACGCGAUGCGGCGACCGCGUGGCCCCGGUGGUCGAUUCCUGACGGCCGAUGAAGUGGCCGCCCUGGAGAAAAAGGGCGGUCAAUCCAUGGACCAAGAGAACGUGGACGUGGGCGCGACCAAGGGGUCUGGGGAGAACCCUCCCUCGGCGCAGAAGCGCAAGUCAAGUCAUCUCAAUGAUGAAAACGCCACGCCCGUGAAGAAGACCAAGACUGGCAAGGCGGAGGACAGCGAGGAGUCUGCAGAGGCCUCCGACGAGGAGAGUUGAGCAGUUUCUCUUUUCCGUUCCGUAUCUUUAUCGUGAGGGUUACUCGUCCGCGUUGCCUUUACCCUUUUUUUUUUCUUUUUGGUUAUCUUUGGUUUCUGUUCCCUCUUGUCUUCUUUUUCUUCGUAUCUAUUGAUGAUGGUUUUUACGGAUCGACGCGAUGUUGGAAUUCCCCUUUUUGUGCUUUCUCAAACCCGUGUUUUUCUUAUUCUGGAGCAAGCGAUGUGUGGUAUGGAUCUACGACGGCUUUGUUCUUGUUCUUUGUGUUGUCGCAC